UGGGUCGGGAUUUCAGUGCGAUCCCCUCCCCAAGACCCAAAGAGCGAGGGAGGAGGGGCCAAACCGACCGGAGGCGGGGCGCACACAGUAGUACGGUUGAGUGGAAAGAAGUGGAAAGUAAGAAAAUACCUGAAUGGACAUACCGGAGCGAACUUUGUCCAGCUCACGUCUCCCCCGCCACGUCACCGCUACCCACAAUCCUCUCUGACGCGCCGGGUUCUGGAGCGCCGUUCCUCCUCCGCCUCCUCCUCCCUCGACCUCCACGACGUCCGCCGCCUCCCCCCCCCGCCCUCCCUCCUCCCCCCCCCCGCCUCCUCCUAGGCCUCCAAGAUAGAUUCCCUAAGGAGCACGGUCGACCUGCUCAAGCUGCCGCUGGUCCUCUCCACCAGGUCCAUCUCCGAGCGCAAGAGCCAGCUGGGCGGAGGGGGAGGGGCCCGCAAGGCCGGCCCACCGCCGCCCGCCACCCGAGACAACAUGGACAACGAGUCGCAGUACUCGGGCUACUCCUACAAGUCCUCGCACUCCCGCACCUCCCGCAAGCACCGGGACCGGAGGGAACGGCACCGCUCUAAGAGCCGGGACAGCAGCAGCCGGGGCGAUAAGUCGGUCACCAUCCAGGCGCCCGGAGAGCCUCUGCUGGACGCAGAGUCCACCCGCGGAGAUGACCGGGACGACAACUGGGGCGAGACGACCACGGUGGUGACGGGCACGUCGGUGGACAGCGUCUCCAACGAGGACCUGACGCGCGUCUCCAAGGACCUGGAGGAGAGCGUGCCGCUGCGGUGCACGCGCUUCGCCGGCCCGGUGCUGGGCGGCUGCCUCAGCCUCUUCGCGCUGCUCACGCCGCUCGCCUUCCUGGUGCUGCCGCAGGCGCUGUGGCGCGAGGCGCUGGACCCCUGCGGGACGCCGUGCGAGGGGCUCUACGUGUCGCUGGCCUUCAAGCUGCUGGUGCUGCUCAUCUCGUCGUGGGCGCUGUUCCUGCGGCCGGCCCGCUCGGCGCUGCCGCGCUUCUUCGUGUUCCGCUGCCUGCUGAUGGUGCUGGUGUUCCUGUUCGUGGCGUCCUACUGGCUGUUCUACGGCGUGCGCGUGCUGGAGCCCCGGGAGCGCGACUACCGCGGCAUCGUGGAGUACGCGGCGUCCCUGGUGGACGCGCUGCUCUUCAUCCAGUACCUGGCCCUGGUGCUGCUGGAGGUGCGCCACCUGCAGCCCGCCUUCUGCCUCAAGGUGGUGCGCAGCACGGACGGCGUCAGCCGCUUCUACAACGUGGGCCACCUCAGUAUCCAGCGGGCGUCCGUGUGGGUGCUGGACCAUUACUACACGGACUUCCCCGUCUACAACCCCGCCCUGCUCAACCUGCCCAAGUCCAUCCUCUCCAAGAAGAUGACCGGCUUCAAGGUCUACUCCCUGGACGAGAGCUCCACCAACAACUCCACGGGCCAAUCCCGGGCCAUGAUCGCAGCGGCCGCUCGGAGGAGGGACAACUCCCACAACGAGUUCUACUACGAGGAGGCGGAGAUGGACCGCCGCGUCCGCAAGCGCAAGGCCAGGCUGGUGGUGGCGGUGGAGGAGGCCUUCACGCACAUCAAGCGUCUCCACGACGACGAGGUGGCCGCCUCGCCCAAGCACCCCCGCGAGGUGAUGGACCCCCGGGAGGCGGCCCAGGCCAUCUUCGCCCCCAUGGCGCGGGCCAUGCAGAAGUACCUGCGCACCACGAGGCAGCAGCCCUUCCACAGCAUGGAGAGCAUCCUCAGCCACCUGCAGUUCUGCAUCACGCACAACAUGAGCCCCAAGGCCUUCCUGGAGCGUUACCUCAGCCCGGGCCCCACCAUGCAGUACCAGCGGGAGAGCGACAGGGGGCGCCAGUGGACGCUGGUGAGCGAGGAGCCCGUGACCUCGGCGCUGCGGCAGUCCCUGGUGUUCUCGCUGCGGCGCCUCGACUUCUCCCUGGUCGUCACGGUGACGCCCCUCCCCUUCCUGCGCAUCGGCGAGGAGUUCAUCGACCCCAAGAGCCACAAGUUCGUGAUGCGGCUGCAGUCGGAGACCUCAGUGUGACGGAGCCGCCGCCGCCCCGACGACAACGAACAAAGAUUUGUGAGGUCCUUUUUACAGUACGACCCCCCCCCCCCACCCCGUUACUCUCUCCCUCCCUCCUCCGAUCUCCUCUCACACUACAGCAUCGACCACCUGGAUGGAAGAGACUAAUGUGGCAGCAAAGAAAUAAUCAAUUGCCCCCCCCCCCCCCCACAAUGCUCCACCUCCUCCACCCUCCACCCCCCCCCCCCCCUUGUCUGUUUCCAUGGAAAUAACCUCAAAGGGGAGGGAAGACCCUGUUUCAGGAGGAGUGUUUUAGACACAGCCCAGAUCUCGUAUCUCCUCCAACACCUCCGCCGGGGAGACUGUCUGUAACCCCCCCCCCCCCCCCCCCCCCCACCAGCGUGGGGGUCAUUGCGACACAUGUGUCAAAGACAACAUCAUCCUUCCCCUUUCCCCCCGCCCCCCCUUUCUUAAACCGUCGCUUGUGUUUUCGACUGUAUCCACGUUGUUGUGACCACUGGACCACAUCGCGAUGACACGGAGGAAUGAACCACUGCAGACGGACGGGGGGGUGGGGGGGGGCAGACCAAUGGGAGCGCGGCUCCUAACCUGAUGAACCUGAUAUACCACUCCCGUCGUUUGACCCGUCAGUGCAACGUCAGUGCGGGACGAUUUAUUACUGCUUUUAUACCGAGAGUGCAACGUUGUCGUUUUGUUUUUAAGAUUAACAGAAUGUAGCCCCAUGCGAUUCAGAUUAACAGUUGUGUUGCCUUUUGAGGCGGCUUCGCUUCGUUUUUUUUUUUUAAAAGCAAAAAAGUGCUUUCGGUGUGUCUUAAGACGAUGUCGUAAUAAUCCAUGAAUGUUUGUUUUAGGCGGCUUGCAUUUUUUUUUACACUGGCCUUUUUUUUAACUCCAAGACAAUUUUCCACGUUUUUUAAUAAGACUAAACAUUGCAGCUCCAUGACAACAUGACGUUUUUAUUUUUUAUUUUCAGCAACAUUUAUGUUUGUAGGAGAGAAGGAAAUCCAGCUGGCUUCUCAGGACUAAGUUAAUGUACAUAUAUUCUCAUGCGAUUAUUUUUUCACUCAAACCCACAAACAAAAACCUAAGUCAGGCAAACCGGAUGUGUGAUUGUAUCAGCUGACGCACAACACUUCUGUCAUUUAACGAAGAAGCAAAAGGCAUCUCAACUCUGCUCCCAUGCACGCUGACGCCAUCUCGCCUGCCACCACUAGGAGGUGCUAACAAGCAGGUCCAGCUGGUGGCGGGUGUGUGUGUGUGUUUGGAUGUGAGUGUGUGCGCGUGUGCACUUUCAUGUUUGUGAACCUGGAGUCCCAGCCCACCGCUUGCUCCGUAGCCUCCGGCCAGUAGCAGAUCACCACGUUGUGCCACAAGUUCAAACCAAGCACCGAUCGAACGCCGUCUGCCCCACCCUCCGCCUAAUGCCUUCACGGACCCGGGCGGGUUCCGUAAUGCUUGGACAACAAACACAGAAAAUGACAAAAAGCCACUUUUGGAUCCACGAUAACGUCCUUCAAUGUCUCCACACUGAAAUAUACUGGAACCGAGUCUAGCCUCAAUACCCGCGUCUUUAUUUCUGUCUGUGUACACGUUAGCCUGAGUGCGUGGGGGCCACCCUGCGGCCUCCAGAGACUGAUUAAGCCUUUUGCCUUCUCAGUAGGAAAGUUAUUCAGCUGUAGGGGGGCUUCUUUCACCUUUCUAUCUGAGAUAAAGCCUUGCAAUGAACAAGUCACAUCCGGAUGAUCAUGAUGACGAUCAAAAGAUGCAAGUGAAUGUCUUUCUAAUUUUGUAAUGCAUGCCUGAAAUACUUUAAUUUUUUUUAUCGAGAACUUUGUUUUUCUAUCUUUUUUUUUUUAAUGGUGCCUAAGUUAUGAUGACGAUGCAAUUUUCCACAAAGUUUUUCUUUUGUUUUUUUUGUUAAAAGAGGGGACUUGUAAAGAAAAAAACACAAAAAAAAACACAAUUUGUAGAUUUGUCUUGUAUUUUCUCGCUUUUUGGUAACUGUAGCUUGUAUAGUGUCUUAUUUUUUCCAUUAUUAAACCAUUUAUUACUUG